AUGGCGGCGAGGGCGGCGGCGGCGAUGGCGGCGGUGGCGAUGGCGGCGGCGGCGACGGCGGCGGAGGCGACGGCGGCGGCGGGCUCGGCGGAGGUGGGCUGGGUGGCUGCGGAGGCGAGGGUGGCGGCGGGCUCGGCGGAGGCGGGCUGGGCGGCGGCGGUGAGGGUGGCGGCGGCGAGGGGGGUGGUGGCGAGGGUGGGGGCGGCGAGGGCGGUGGUGGCGAGGGAGGUGGUGGCGACGGCGGCGGAGGCGAGGGCGGCGGCGGGCUCGGCGGAGGCGGGCUGGGUGGCUGCGGAGGCGAGGGCGGUGGCGGGCUCGGUGGAGGCGGCCCGGGUGGCUGCGGAGGCGAGGGUGGCGGCGGGCUCGGCGGAGGCGGGCUGGGAGGUGGCGGUGAGGGAGGCGGUGGCGAGGGCGGCGGCGGCGAUGGCGGCGGCGGCGAGGGCGGUGGUGGCGAGGGAGGCGGCGGCGACGGCGGCGGAGGCGAGGGUGGCGGCGGGCUCGGCGGAGGCGGGCUGGGCGGCGGCGGUGAGGGUGGUGGUGGCGAGGGCGGUGGUGGCGAGGGAGGCGGCGGCGACGGCGGCGGAGGCGAGGGCGGCGGCGGGCUGGGCGGAGGCGGACUAG